CUACAACAGCUAUCCCAAGCUUCCUCGGAACUGCCAUCAAUUCCAUUCUCCUACCACUUCAUAUCCACCACUGUCGCCAAAGUCCCUUUGAACUUGGAGAUACAGACAGAACUCUUGAGUUCCUACAAUUCUUUCCGAAAAUGUCGGGUCAGUAUAUUGGAGCCAUUUCGAGCCGUUCUAAUAUUGUCAAAGGCUCAUGCUAACCAAUCUUGCAAAUAGGCAGUGCAGGAUAUGACAGACAGAUUACGAUCUUUUCGGAUCAAGGCCGAUUAUACCAAGUCGGUACGUGACGAAGCUCGCCCUCCAACUCAGCGAACCAUAUUUACCUAUGCCCAAUCAAUACUGCCCUCUGGGUGUUUCCCAAGCAACAACUAAUAGAUUCCACCACAGAAUAUGCCUUCAAGGCCAUUACCGCCGCGAAUAUCAUGUCAGUUGGAGUUAGAGGAAAGGAUUGCGCAGUAGUUCUGUCCCAGAAGAAGGUUCCCGUAUGUCAUCACUUUCCAAACGAAGAGAGUUGUGUUGACAUUUGAACAGGACAAGCUGAUUGACCCCUCCUCCGUAUCCCACAUCUUCCAAAUAUCGCCUUCGGUCGGUUGUGUCAUGACCGGUUCGAUUGCAGAUGCCAGAGCUUUUGCACAGAGAGCGAUUGGCGAGGCUGCUGAGUUUCGAUACAAGUUUGGAUAUGAGAUGCCUUGCGAUGCAUUGGCAAAGAGAAUCGCCAACAUCAGUCAAGUCUACACUCAGAGAGUAAGCUGGUUUAUGGAUAGCUUAGUGCUUAGGAGAUUACCCGUGUUAACUAAUGGUUAGGCUUACAUGCGUCCAUAUGGAAUUGCCACGACCUUAAUUUCCCUCGACUCGGAGUAUGGACCGCAACUAUACAAGUGUGAUCCAGCGGGAUACUACACGGGAUACAAGGGUACUGCAUCAGGUCCCAAGCAACAAGAGGCUUUCAACCAUCUGGAGAAGAAGCUCAAGAACAAGGAUUGUGCAGAAGGUACCUGGGAGGAAGUCGUGGAGCUUGGAAUCACUACUUUGAGUACGGUUCUUAGCGUGGACUUCAAGAAGGGCGAGUUAGAAAUUGGAAUCGUCGGUGGGCCAAGAAUAGGCAAGGAUGGGAAAGUGGAUGGAAUUGACCCAGGAUUCAGAGCUCUGACCGAAGAGGAAAUAGACGAGAGACUGCAGGCGAUUGCGGAGAAGGAUUAGAGGGUGUACUUAUAGGUCUUGAUAUCCUCUAGAACGGAUUUUAAGCGUUGGGCGUCACCGCAAAUUUACUGGCUCCGAGAACGUUUUUUGAUAAUUGUAAGAUGAUCAGUUAGUCAGCGUCUUUUGGGGCUUUUUGUUAUGUUGAUAGAUUUCAUGAAGUGGAUUAUUAUGUGCCUUACACUACAGCCUCUCCUUUCCCCUAUCUCCUUAAAAGAAAGCACAAAUACAGCGAAAAAUCGAGCUCCGAAAUCUAUAGACUUUUGGGUCCAGGGCAGCUCGCAUACUAGAUAUUUGUGUGUAUAGAUAAUGGGAGUAUCAGUUCUCUCUUUUUUUGGUACUCCUUGGUUUUCAUGAUUGGAGGGGACGGCCCCGAAGGGUUUUGUAUGAGCACAGGGGAUUCAUCUGUGAGGACUUUGAUUCGCGAUAUACUGGGGCCUAUUCAUGUCUUGUUAUUUGUAUGGUACUGUAAGGAGGGGAUGAUGAUUGGGUCAUGCGCCUACAACUUGAUUUCUUUCCAAAAAGAAAAAAAC